UUCAAAAGACGCCCUUCACGGAGCAUGAAAAACUUGCCAUCAUAUCGAUGUAUCAUCAAUACGGUCCAAGUUGGACACUAAUCGCAAGCAACCUGCCUGGCCGAUCUGCAUUGAUGGUGAAGAAUUUUUGGUACAAUAUGGACGAAAGAGUUCGCAUUCGCGUUAAAAUGUCAAUCGCAAGAUUGAUUUAA